GCCUGGAGAGCUUCAUGCACCUCCCAUGUCGACGCGCAGGUCUUACAGUAUCUCCCAAUCCAUGGGCGGCGUUGGCUCUCUUACUGAAGCAAGACAAGAUGAUAAAGAAACUGGCUUGAAUCCAGAUGACCUAUUCACCAAACACACCGUCGCCGAGGUGAAGCUCAUCCAGAGAAGCCUCAGGGAUGAAGCCAGUACAAAACAAGAGGAACUACGUCAGAUGGUCGGAGAACGAUAUCGCGACCUCUUACAAGCGUCUGCGUCUAUCAUUUCCAUCGCCCAAUCUUCGGAAAACGUCAUAAACGCAUUGGAUGAAACCAGAAAUGCCCUCCAGUCUCAACAACGACCAGCUUUCCGUGCGAAACACACAAUCGUGAGCAGGAAUGAAGACACCCAUUUAUCUUCACUACAGGUGCUCUCUGCCCAUAUCAAGCUUCUUCUCGAUGCACCCGAACACUUAUGGAGGCUCAUGGAAAAGAAGAGAUACUUCACUGCAGCUUGGCUAUAUCUAUUGUCUCGAGUAGCUCACCGCGCUUUGAUAAGAGAAGAUGAGGAGACAUGGAGUGCUCAAGGAAUAGAUGUUCUUGACCAGUUUCCACUUGUUCAGCGUCAGUGGGAGCAUGUCUCGUCGUUUCGGCAGCAGAUUAUCGUUCGCGCAAAACAAUCCUUGCAGGAUUACACUGCUUCAUCGGAGGAUAUCUGCGGCACAUUUCUGACUUCGCAUCUACUUGAAUCUCGGCCUUUAACCGAGGAACUUACUAUUUACUUUGAGAGACGGUCGAAGGCGCUAGAAACACUACUCUCGUCCGCCACCUCUCCUAUGCAUUCAUCAUCGCUGACAUUAUCUAGGCGAAGAAAAGCUCGCUCACCCCCGGCUAGCGAUAAUAACGUUCUAGCGGGAAAAAUUGCUAAAGAGGUGAAGGAGUCCAUGAUACUCGCUUUCGAUUGUAUAUGCAAGACUGUUAGGACUGCUCGCGAUGUUCUGGAAGAGAAAGGUUCGGAGCGGUCUCUGAUUCGACAAGUUCUUGCAUAUAUACAGUCUGACUCUGACUCGCCCACCUCUCCUUCCUUCUGCCCUGAACUUGCGCUCUCCACACACGACUUGCUCAUGUCACUACCGUCAUCAGCGCAUUUUCUUUUACUUCCACAAAAUUUGCGUUCGUACCGACCUUAUGUCGAUCUGGAGUCGUCUUCAACCCAUGUCAAACAAGACGUUUUACAACACAAGAUUGACGAGUGGUUUGGAAAAUCCACUCGAGCAUUACAGUCUGCCACUGAGAAAUGGCUGUUCAAUAUCCAAUCAGUAAAGAACGUUUGGACAAUCAGAUUCUCUAUCCGAACUUGGAUCGCUUCCUCGGCCAAUCUACAAGAACAACGGGUAGCACGACUGGAGUCCUCCGUAGAUUAUGUCUGUCGCCAGCGCAUAAUUGACUUAUGGGAAGAAGCACUCAAGGACGCGAAGAAGAACUUCGAGAGUAAAUUGUCGUCCGUCAUAUCGUCCAUUGGCCGUGACAAGAAAAUCGCUAUCGACGCUUCGCCACUAGAGCUACUUUUCAAAUCGCCUCAACUUCCAACCGCACCACAAGUCGGAGGUGGGACACUUGAUUCGUCUUUCCAGAAGUACAAGGGAGCAUUCAGCAAACAAAUAUUGGGUCGAACCCCCGUACUGGAUGACGUACUGAAGGAGAUUGAAGCCUCCGCUCAAGCGAUACAUUACGAUCUAAACCAUGUUCUGGCGAAGCACGACGUUGUGCCCAACACUGUCACACAGGAGUUGUUCGAAGCGUAUCGGCCGCUUUCCGAAGCUUUCUGCGCCGAUAUCUUUCACAUACUGCACUCACAAGCGGAGAAGAUGUCCACCCAGUCCGAUCUUGAUGCUCUCGGUUUACUUGGUCAUCUCGCUGAUGAACUGGCAACUUCGUCAAACUUUAUCAAACAUAUCUCAUGCGAUCCACAUGUUGUUUCGGGGUUCCGUGCAAAGUGUACUUCGGUCUAUCAAUCUACUAUGGAGCAAUGGAGGGGGUCUGUUGUCUCUUCCACCAUCGCAAGAUACAAGUCAUCCUUCCCUGUCGGCGCCCAAGAGGAUUGCACCUUACCUUCCUCGAAGUUAGUGCAGUGCUUGUUCUCGUUGGCCAAAGCUUUAACGAGCCUGGGUGUUCCAAGAGACAUGGAUCGUUAUCUACAGCUCGCCGAUUGUACUCUCCGCAUCUUCGUCUCACGUCUACUCACAGAAGACUUAUAUUACAAUGGCAAACAAGGCCUCCAUGAUCUGAUGCUUCUCAAAACUCUUUCGAAUUUUUUUGCAACGUCCUGGGAUGAUGUCCACUCGCUGUUGGAAGGACGGUUAGCUGACAUCAAAGAAAAGCUGGCUUCUGAAAAUGAGGCUAUUCCAUCUGAUUCCGAACUCGUUGAUAGGACUUCCGAAUACUUGGCAAGAACUCAGGUUCUGUUCGCAGCCCUUCUUCCCCGUCCAUUCUUGAGAUCAAGUCUUCCCGAAACGCCGAGUAGCUUGUUACCACUUGGUGCACCGAAUUCAGGUCGUGAUAUACCUGCAGCUCUGGAUCUUGCACAGGCUCCUUCUCGUUUUGGUCUCUUGCUGGUCAACUAAUAAUUAGGGCUGGUCAAUUUUUAUUUGACCGGCAACCUUCGGGUAAAAGAAAAGCGCUCCUGAUAACACAUUGAUGUGUGCUGUGCGAAAACUUACUCUCACAACACUCCAAAUAUCAUAGUAAUAUGCUCUCGAGAAUACUAUACUCAGGGUGAGCGUCAUAUAAUUUUUCGGAGCAAUAUUUACUGGGAGAGAACAUUCACUUGAUUGCAAGAUUGAUUGCAAUUG